AUGAGCCAGGUCUGCGGUUCCGAUGGCUCGUUCGGGCCGGGGGUCGGUGCUUGUCGCGGAGGCUUCGACUUCACCCUAACCUUUGAGGAAAGCGUGCUUGGCCUGUUGCCGCAGACGAUCCUUCUGCUGUUGGCCCCUGUGCGCCUGUUGACUUUACGGCGUCGUCAGGUCCGCAUUGCAAAGAAUACCCACCUCGGCUUCUUGAAACUGGUUGUGAGCACGCUGUACGCCAUUUCCAGCACGCUGUUGUUUGCUCUUUGGGCACAGUUGGACACGUACAAGACGAAUACCUCCAUUGCUUCAGCAUGCUUGGAGUUUCUUUCCUCCUGGUGCAUCGUGGUCCUUUCGCGGCUAGAGCAUUACAGAGCCGUAAGGCCUAGCCAUCUGCUCCAAUUCUUCCUGCUUUUGCUGUUCAUCUGCGAUGCCGUCCGACUAAGGACGCUAUUUCUCAUGCAGUACGAAGCAGCCCUAGUCAGCUCCGCGUCACUACACACUGCCCUGACAGGGAUGUUGCUGCUUCUGGAAUCAUUGAGCAAGACAGAUCUCCUUGUCUCUGAACUGGACAAACGGAAAUCCCCAGAGGAACUGAUUGGCUUGUUUGGGCAGAGAUUAUUCUGGUACCUGAACGACCUCUUUAGAGCAGGGUACCGCAGGAUUCUUCGUCCUCAGGAUCUGCACAAAAUCGAUGACGAGUUGAUCUCCCAGGACCUACGUGAGCGCUUUCACAGACAUUGGGACAACCCGAAAAACCAGAUUGGAGAGAAUGCCCUGUUGCGCACCAUUUGCUUUGUGCUAAGGAAAGAUAUUUUCCUGCCUGUGCUUCCCAGACUUCUGUACAUGGGUACAACGUUAGCCCAGCCGUUUCUUAUCUCUGCUAUGAUCACGUACGUCCAGAAGCCAGUCAACAGCGCUACAAAUAAUGAAGGGUAUGGGUUACUGGGAGCUUUCGCUCUAAACUAUACCUUUCUCGCUGUAUUUUCUUCGUGGUAUGCCCAAAACGUCGCGCGGUUUUCGGUCAAGCUCCGCUUGGUCCUAAUCUCUACAAUAUAUCACAAAGCCCUCCAGAUCUCUUCACAGGACGUUAGCCUGGGCUCUGCAACCGUACUUAUGAACGUCGACGUCGAGAAGGUCCUACAGGGCGUCAAGAACAUGCACGACAUCUGGGCCGUCACCUUCAGCGCUGUCAUUUCCCUGUACAUCCUGUACCAGAAGCUCGGAGCAGCAUUCGUGGCGCCGCUAGUCGUGGUUUUCCUCUCCACGUUGUUGUCUUCCGGCAUUGGUCGCGGCGUAAAGAAGCGUCAGCUGAAUUGGAACGCGGCCACCGAGAAGCGCGUCACGGCGAUUGCGAACGUCGCCUCAUCGGCGAAGGGGAUUCGUAUGCUCGGCCUGACUGCCGCGGUGCAUAAGUUGGUGACAGAGUUAAGAGUUGAUGAAGUCUCAGCCCAACGGUUUGUUUUCAAAUUGAUGACGUGGGUAUGGAGCGCUUCAAACCUCAUCUUCCAGGUCGCUUUGUUCUCGACAUAUAUGACUUUCGCCGUCAUCGCGCUGUACAGCGGCCACAGCCUCGAUUUCGAUACACUGUUUACUUCUCUUUCUGCGCUGAAGCUGGUGACCUCGCCCAUGCUGGGCGUACUUGAGAGUAUUCCGGCAUUCCAAAGCGCUGCCGCCUCUCUAUACCGCAUCCAGGUCUAUCUCACAGGCGGAGAGGGUACCGAAAUUUCCGAAUGUGCCGAAAUCAGGACGUCUAUGUCGGGAGAUGUCGAACUCAGGGCGCUCGACAACAGAAGUAGGCUAUCGAAAGCCUUCGAACUGUCAAAUGCUUCCUUCGGCGUUAGUCACACGCAACCUUUCCUCCACAAUAUCACUCUCGAGAUCGACGAAGGCUCUUUCACCAUGGUCAUCGGGAAGGUCGCCUCCGGCAAGUCCGUGCUUCUGCAAUCGCUGAUCAGCGAGACGGAUCUCUUCAAUGGCACGUUUAGGACAAACGGCUCUGGCAUCGCCUUCUGCGCCCAGACACCCUGGUUGCGCAACGCGACGCUCCGCGAGAACGUUCUAGGUGAGAGCGAUUUCGAGCAGAGCUGGUACGACACCGUAACCUGGGCCUGCGGCCUCAAGAGAGACUUUGCAGAGCUGAAGAGGGGUGAUGCCUCGAUGGUUGGAUCGCGUGGUAUUUCGCUUUCUGGAGGCCAGAAGAACAGGAUUGCACUCGCGCGUGCGCUGUAUUCUCGCAAGCCCGUGCUUGUCAUCGACGACAUGCUCUCCGGCCUUGACAACACGACGGAGAGUCUCGUGUUUUCUCGCGUCUUCGGCCGGGACGGGCUUUUGCGAAAGACAAAACGCACGGCAGUUCUAUCGACGCAUUCAGUCCGCUGGGCUCCGCAGACAGACAAGGUCGUCAUCAUUUCCGAGGGCCGAGUUGUUGCAAAUGGCCCCUAUGCCGAAAUUGCUUCCAAGUCAGCCUUGCUGGAAUCGUAUUUCCCACACAGUGGGGAUUCAGACUCUUCCUCGGACUCUGAUCUUGACGGCAACGGUCUUGAAGACACGGCGGAAGAAAGAAAACCAGAAGCCAUCACGGCUGUGACGGUUUUCGACCCAGAAGAUGGGUACGACAGAAGAUCCGGCGACUUGCGCACACUUGGGUACUAUCUCAAAUCCAUAGGCAAGAGAACUGUCGCGACAUCUUUCUUUCUGAUGAUCCUGGCACAAGUCGGCACCGCGCUGCAGUACAUCUGGCUCAAGGAGCUAGCAAAGGACAGCGGUUCAGACGACUCUCUGCGCAAGAGCAUCGGAAUCUUCACCACCCUCACCGCGGUCGCCGUCCUCUUCGUGGCGGCAACCAUAACGCACUUCACCAUGGUCUUCUGCCCGCGCACCAGCCUGUCGUUGCACGCACAGCAGCUGGCGGCCUUCAUGGGUGCCCGGUUCUCGUACCUCGUCACAACAGACGUCGGUUCGAUUACGAACCGCUUCUCCCAAGACAUUGUGAUGGUCGACACGUCUCUCGCGUUCGCCUGGAUUGACUCAACCUACAACCUCUUCGAGAACAUCACCAACUUCGCCAUCCUCAUCGCCGCCACGCCGCCCAUCGCCGCGCUGCUCCCUUUCCUGGCAGGCAUCGGCUACGUGAUCCAGCGCGUCUACCUGCGGACGUCGCGGCAGAUCCGGCUGAUGGACCUGGAGGCCAAGGCGCCGCUGUGCACGCACUUCCUUGAGACGCUGGGGGGCAUCGCGACGGUGCGAGCCUUCGGAUGGCGCGCGGCGUUCAGCGCCCGCAGCGAUAGCCUGCUCGACGUCUCGCAGGUGCCUUUCUACCUGCUGCAGGCCAUCCAGAACUGGCUGCGGCUCGUACUGCAGCUGAUGGUCGCUGGGCUGGUCGUCGUGCUUGUCGGCCUGGCCAUCGUGCUGCGUGACAAGAUUGAUGCUGGAUACCUCGGUCUCGCGCUCGUCGGGGCUAUGGAUCUCGGCCGCGGUAUCCAGAUCCUCAUCACCACCUGGACGGAGCUGGAGACGGCUCUCAGCGCCGUCGCCCGCAUCCGGCUCUUCUCGACGCAGACGCCGCAGGAAUCAACACCACGUCCCGCUUCCUCCUCCUCCUCUCCAUCAUCCCCACCACCACCGCCUUCCUGGCCCCAACACGGCUCCAUCACCUUCCGCAACCUAUCCGCCAGCUACCAACCACCACCCCCAUCCCCAUCAUCCGCAUCCACCCCAGCACCACCCCCUCCACCCCCCACCCUCGUCCUCCACAACAUCAACCUCACCAUCGCCGCCGGCGAGAAAAUCGGCAUCUGCGGCCGCACCGGCUCCGGCAAAUCCAGCCUCGUCGCCACUCUGUUCGGCCUGCUGCACCUGCACGGUGGCAGCGACGGGCAGGGACAGCUCCUGAUCGACGACGUCGACGCCGCCACUGCUGUCCCCGUCGCCGCGCUGCGCGCGCGCAUCGUCGCGUUGCCGCAGGAGCCGUUUUUCCUGGCGGGGAGUGCGAGAGGGAGGAGCGUGAGGGGGGAGUUGGCGCCGUGGGUGGUGACGAAUGCUUCCAGCGUCGGUGAGGAGGGAGAGGAGGAGGAGCAGGAGCAAGAUGUGCGGCCGCGGCCGUCGGACGCGGAGAUGAAGCGGGCGCUGCGGCGCGUAAGGCUGUGGGAGAAGCUGGAGGGCUUCGCCGCUGCUCAGGCGGGAGCCUCGUCGGCGUUGGACGUCAAGCUGGAUAACGUGGAUGCGCUGCUGAGUCAGGGCGAGAAGCAGUUGUUCUGCCUGGCGCGGGCGGUGCUGCAGCCAGGCAGGAUUGUGGUGUUGGAUGAGGCGACGAGCAGCGUCGACGCUGCGACGGACGCGCUGAUGCAGGAGAUCCUGCGGUCGGCCUUCGCGGAUAGAACCGUCGUCGCCAUCGCGCACCGGCUGAACACCAUCCUAGACUUUGACCGCGUAGUCGUCAUGGAGAAGGGCGAGAUCGUCGAGGUGGGCCCUCCACGGACCUUGCUAAACACGCAGGGUAGCAUGUUCAGAGCGCUGGUGGAGGCGCAGGGACGAGGGAAGAGGAAGGAUUGA